GACCUCUCCAGCUCCGAAGCGCCAUCUCGAUCUUCGACGUCCGACGGUUCUUUUUUUAAACAACUAAAAAACCGGACACUUUUCCAACACAAUUUAACUUCUAACACGACGACAUAACGUUAAAACAAUCUCAGUUAAAUUAGUCGUAGUAAAAAGUGGAUAAAACGUUAAAGAUUUGCUCGGGAAGAAGCAACAGCAGCAGCAGCAUCCGGUCUAACUGCUAACCUGUGACGUCGUUGAGCUCCGGAGGAAUUUAAACCGUCUUUGUGUUUAAUGUUUUCACCGUUUCACCGACAUGUUGAACGGAUCUGCGGCUCUCAGCGGUGAGACCAUAAACAUCAACAACAUCGGCAACGUGGAGAACAACAACCCGAUCACCGAUGGGUUGAACACGGCCAUCAACAACAAGGCGAGGCAGAAGAAAGGAGGGAAGAAGAAGCUGCUCAAACCUCCGAGAAACAACCUCCGCGUCACCGACAAUAACAACAACAGUGUGGCCGCUCCAGGAGCUCCUCAGCCCGGCUACGAGCUGCCCGCCGACCCGCUGCUCACCCUCCGGCAGCAGCUCAGACAGGAAGCUAGGAGAGAGCUGCUGAAAUCUAAAGGUGGCCGAUCAGAGCGAGGGGCGACGCAGCCGGGCAGCCCGCCCAACCGCAACGAUCAUCUCAGCCAAAAUAUGAACGUUUGGAGCCUCCGGCCGGGCCAGGGCGCGGGGUCGCCUCACGCUACGAAGAGGACCGAUCUCGGCAGCCCCAACAAGCCCCCCUCCCUCCUCCAGCCGCCGCUCCAAGAGCUCAAAAAACCGCUGCACGCGUCCAACAACCUCAAGAUCUUUAACGCCUCGCUGCAGCCCGAAUACCUCAAAGACGGCGAGAAGGUGUACGCAGGAGCCAAGUUCAGCGAGCCGCCCUCACCGAGUGUCUUACCCAAACCGCCCAGCCACUGGGUCGGAGAAAACGAGCCUCAACACAGCAACCAAAGCCGAGAGCAAAUGACCGUUCACUUAAAGUCGCUGCUGAAGGUUCAAAAUACAGCGUGACGGUGAGAGGGAGGGAAGUUCAGGAUCCACCGGACGUCAACUGGAAAAAAUGAGCAUUUUAUUGGCCUUUAACACAUUGCAAUACAGAGAAAGGGAGUUUUUAUUCACUGUAGUACAAUUUCCUGUAAUAAGCCAGCAUGCCGCCUGCUUUAGAGAACAGUUUUCGAGCCUCCUUGUCGUUGCUGGAGGUCGGACUGACAUGCUGUGUAUGUCAGAUAUUUUACUGCCUUCUCUUGGAGAAAUAGAAAAUAAGAUGUUUUUGUUUUGUUGGUUUGUGUGUGUGUGUGUGUGUGUGUGUGUGUGGAGGAGUUUAUGAGAAACACAGUGAGGUCGUCUCCAGCAGCAACGCGAUGAUCGCUGUCUCAGAGUGAUGAAGGCACUUUGUGAAUCUUUUUUCUUUUUCUUUAUUGAAGCGGCAGCCGCACGUCGAUCGACUUUUUAAAGAGCUCGUUGUAAAUAUACAUAAUAUAUUUGUGUAUAUUUUUUUUUCUUCCUCGUUAUUUUAACUGAGAUUCUAGUUUUGUUACUAAGGGUUUUGUUUUUUUCCCAGAAAAAUUUCGAUUUAAAAACAAACAAAAAAAAAGAGAUAAAGUCCCGCUGCAUACUGAGGCACUUUGUUACAGCUCCUUCAGCCUGAGGCACAGUGAGACAGAGAGAGAGAGAGACUCUUCUUUUCUUACUGAUUUGCACUGAAAACUUAAAUGGAGAAGGGCAGAAAACUUGACUGGCCGCUUUUUUUGAUGAAUACACCAGCUGGAUUUUUAAAAAGAAAAGCACAGGAGAGAGAGGACUUCCACAUCUCAGCUGGUUACUGUCACAAAAACAACAACAACAAAAAACCCUAAAUAUCCAGGAGGUGAAGAGCAAAGAGUGGAAUCAGGGACUGUGUGACGCUGAGAAGAAAGCCAGCAUCCAGACUGAGUGCUUUUUCUUUUUUUCUUCUCUUUCAACUUCAUUGCACUGACUCAGAGUUACGUCCACUUUAAGUCAGCUCUAUUUUUUUUUAAACAAAAAUGCACAUUUAUGUCUGUAAUGUUCCCCCCGUAAAGCUCCUCACAGUCACAGUUUACAGGCAGCAAAAUGAUCAUAUGACUGAUUUUAAAUGUCAGUACAGCUGCUGUCACUUCCCUAUAUUUUAAUUUUUUAAUUUUAAUUUUUUGGGGGAGUCAGAAAAAUGUCUAAUUAACGCUCAGAUGAUAAGUCGAUUUAAUCGUUUUGAAUCAUUGUUAAAGAAAAAUGCAAAAAUGUGCAGUUUCCAUAUUUUUAAAUGUGACUAUUUGCUGCUUUUUUUCCUGUUUUUUAAAUCAGUAUUUUUUGGAUUUUAACGUGUUCAGAUAAAAAAAAAAAACAUUUAAAUUUCAACAUGUCGCUUUUAAGUUUUAAGUUGUCAGAAAAUGUGUCUUCUGACAUUUUUUAUUAUAGUUGUAAUAACUGAUUUAUUCUGUGACACAAUCAGCUGAUGAAUCAAUAAUGAGAAUAUUUGCGAGUCGUAAUCAUAAACAACGAUCGCUUUAUGUGCAGGUAUGUGUCAAAUGUAAGAUUUUAUACCUUUAUCUGACAGUGAAGGCAGAUAAAAAAUACAACAUCUAUAAAGAUUAUAAAGUAUUUGAUGAUGUGAGAAUGAAAACUCAAGUUUAGAUGCUUUUUUUUUCUCCAGUGGCUUUAAAAAUUGGGCGACUUCUUGUGGACGUAAUCUCAUUUUGUCUGUAUUAUAUAUAUAUAUAUAUUUGUUUUGUAAAGGGGACUUUCUUUCGUAAACACAGCUCCAUUUCACAUACCUCUUUACCUUUUUUCAUUUCUCUAAGAUACAUUAAAUGUUGUUUUUUACUAGUAGUGCAGUACGUGUUGGAGUUGGACGCAGACGAUCUCACGAUUAUGUACCACGUGUGUUUGUUUUCUUUUUUGUUUGUUUGUUUCUUUUGUCUUAUUUUUUUUUAUUUCCACGGUUUCUGUGGAUGCAGGCAGCUGCUGGAUCUUGUUUCUUGACCUCUGUGAUGUCACGUAAAUGGAAAGUUGUAUUACUGUAGUGGUAAAAACGGCCCGUUUCACUGCAGUGUUUAAAACAAAUUUAAAAGAAAGAAAAAAGAUUCAAAGAUUUCAUUCCAGUUAUGAGAACAUGAUUAAUAAAAAAAAAGAAAAACACUCCCCCUAAUGAUACAAUCUGGAAAAAAAGAAGUUUAUUUUAUGAAGCGUUUCAUAUCUAAAUUCAAAAUUAUAUUAAACUAUUGGAUACCCCCUAUUAAA